CGGGGCUGCUGCGCUGUUGUGGAACCAGGAGGACGUGGCCUGUUUGGGGUAAGAGCUGUCCAAUGUAGUCAUGGCUCGAGAACGAAAAUGCAUACUAUGUCACAUCGUGUACAGCUCAAAAAAGGAGAUGGAUGAACACAUGAGAAGCAUGCUUCACCACAGAGAACUUGAAAAUCUGAAAGGAAGGGACAGCAACCACAAGUGCCAGGUGUGCAGGGUGACAGUGGUGGGCUUGUCGGCAUAUGCCAAGCACAUCUCCAGCCAGCUGCACAAAGACAAUAUCGAUGCCCACGAAAGAGAGGAAUAUGAAGGGAAAGAAGAGGCCGAUGAAGAGUACUUUGACAAGGAACUAAUUCAACUAAUCAAACAAAGGAAGGAACAGAACCGGUUUGGCAUAGAGAUGGUAUCCCUUGUUCAGAACGAACAGGAAGGUCUUGAUUUGGGUGAAGAACCUGAGCUGUCCAGCCUAGAAGGAUUCCAAUGGGAAGGGAUUUCCAUUGCAGUAUCUGGAUCAGCUAGGAAACGCAGCCUCUCUGAAAGCAGUGUUGUUGUGGACAGGACUGCUUCUGUUUAUGGCUUCUUCAGUGACCAAGCCACAACAAAGGAAAGUGAGCAAAAGCAAAUCAUUCCAGCCUGCCAUUCACAUUUUAUAGCACCUAUAUAUAAAACAAGUGCUGAUAAUGUGGCUGAUUUCAAACAAGAGACAUCUUCUCUCCCCUCAUCACCAUUCAUGUCUGAAAGAACUGAAAGUCUUAUCAACGGAAGGAGACACAGUCUACAUACGCCCUCUGAUGUUACAAGCCUCACAGUAUUUACCACUAAACAAGAUCAGGAGAGCCCAGAAUGUAGAAUACCACUUCUUGAAAACAAAAAUGCAUUAGAGCUCACAGGAGAAGGAAACAUUUUGGCUUCAAAUGGAGCUUCAGUGCAUGCAGGAUCAAACUCUGUAGAUGCAGCUACAGACAGCAGCUGUACAUCUGGUACUGAGCAGAAUGACAGCCAGGGAAUUGGAAAGAAAAGAAGAGCAACUGGAGAGGGAUCAUCUCCUGAAAUCCCAAGUCUAGAAACAAAGAAUAAAAGAAGGAAAAUUAAAGGCAAAAAAGAGCGUUCUCAGGUAGACCAGUUGUUGUCUAUUUCCCUGAGAGAAGAAGAGUUGAACAAGUCACUGCAUUGUGUGGAUGACCGCCUCUUGCAGGCUCGGGCUGCUCUGCAAGCAGCCUAUGUUGAAGUUCAACGAUUCCUUGUAUUGAAACAGCAGAUAACAAUGGAGAUGAGCGCAUUGAGGAGUCAGAGAAUUCAGAUCCUGCAGGGGCUACAAGAAACCUAUGAACCUCCUGAGAGGUCAGAACAGCUCACCUGCAGCAUCUCAGAUGAAAGAAGAAUUAGCAGAUCCGUGACAACAGCUGAUCUAGCUCUUCCUCCUUCAGGUCACUUCUUCCCCCUUUUGGAGACUUCUUCAUGUCUCUCCUCCCAUACAUCCCCUUCGGGUACUCCCUUGGGAGCCUCUCUCCGAGUGAGCACCCCUCCUGUGUUCCAAACCCCUAGUACUAUCACAGCCAGCACUGUUCCUGAUUCAUCAAUGCAAAUUAAACAAGAACCUAUGUCUCCAGAGCGUGGAGAAGAAAGUGUGAAUACCGUCCUCCAUGGCUCUGUGUGCACUCCACAAGCAGAACUGCAGCAGAAGGAUGUAGAUAUCAGCCAGAAAACUUCUGUGUAUCCAGUUAUCUCCGCAAUCAUGUCCUUGUCAGAGCUGACUACUUGUUUCCAACAGACUAAUCAAGAUGUUCACAAGUCUGCUACAGAUAAGGGGCGGACCAUACUAUCUGGGAACCCUUCCCCUUCACAAUCACCAUCUACUCUCAACAAACAAAAAGGAGCGAUUGAAACCCUGACUGAAAUCACUUUACCAGAACAGCGUAGCAGCUCCCUUGCAAAUCAGUCUCUCUCUUUAGAAACACCUUUGGACAAAGAUCCCAAACUACCAGCAGAACAGCCUGAGCAUCUGGCAGAAUCCACUCUGGUCUCUGCAGAGAACAAAGGAAAAAAGAGAAGGAAAAAGCUAAGGAAAAAGAAAACAUUGCGAGCAGCCCAUGUGCCUGAGAACAGUGACACAGAACAGGAUGUUAUUGACUCUAAACCUAUUCGGAAAGUCAAGAGCGGGAAGGUGCCCACUGGGGGAAAGGUUACUACAUCCACCCUUCUAAGACAGGAGGAUGGGGGCACUCAUGAAGUAGACAGGAACAAAGAUGAUAAUGAGAGUGAUGCCUCUCUGGAAUUAGUAGAAACUGCAAACCCCCAGUUUGAGGUGGUGGCCAUCAACUCAUCAGAGUCAGGAGAUGAGAAACCAGACAGCCCAUCUAAGAGGGACACCAUGAAAUCCUCGGAGCAAACUUUAAUGGAGGCAUCUCGCUCUGGUUAUGAUGAAGUGAGCUCCACCAGUGAGAUUGGCACAAAUUAUAGGGAUGGCAUCAAUAGAAGUAUGGCUGAGACUCUCCCUUCUAUAUCACCAAUGAGAUGUUCAAAGAACUCCUCAGAAGUGUCUUCAGAGCCAGGUGAGGAUGAAGAACCUACGGAGGGGAGCUUUGAGGGACACCAAGCUGCAGUGAAUGCUAUUCAGAUAUUUGGGAGUGUGCUUUACACCUGCUCAGCAGACAAAAGUGUCCGUGCCUACAAUCUGGUUAACAGGAAAUGUGUGGGGGUCUUUGAAGGACACACUUCCAAAGUGAACUGUCUCCUGGUUACUCAAACAAGUGGGAAGAAUGCAGCCCUCUACACUGGCUCUAGUGACCACACAAUCAACUGUUACAAUAUCAAGACCAGGGAGUGCACAGAGCAAUUGAAAUUGGAAGACCGGGUGCUCUGUCUGCAUAGUAGAUGGCGAAUCCUGUAUGCAGGCCUGGCAAAUGGCAAUGUGGUCACUUUCACCAUAAAGAACAACAAGCAAAUUGAUACCUUUGAAUGCCAUGGCCCUAGAGCAGUCAGCUGUCUAGCCACAGCUCAGGAAGGAGCACGCAAGUUGUUGGUAGUGGGGUCCUAUGACUGUACCAUCAGUGUGCGGGAUGCUCGAAAUGGACUGCUUCUCCGAACUCUUGAAGGUCAUAGCAAAACAAUACUCUGUAUGAAGGUUGUGAAUGAUCUGGUGUUCAGUGGCUCCAGUGACCAAUCUGUCCACGCCCACAAUAUACAUACAGGAGAGCUGGUACGAAUCUAUAAAGGCCAUAAUCAUGCAGUAACUGUUGUGAACAUCCUAGGGAAGGUGAUGGUGACUGCUUGCUUGGAUAAAUUUGUCCGUGUUUAUGAACUACAGUCUCAUGACCGUUUGCAAGUCUACGGAGGACACACAGAUAUGAUCAUGUGCAUGACUAUUCAUAAGAGCAUGAUCUACACUGGCUGCUACGAUGGCAGCGUCCAAGCUGUGCGGCUUAACCUGAUGCAGAAUUACCGUUGCUGGUGGCAUGGAUGUUCACUGAUAUUUGGAGUUGUGGACCACCUGAAACAACACUUGCUAACAGAUCACACCAACCCACAUUUUCAGACCCUAAAAUGUCGCUGGAAGAACUGCGAUGCCUUCUUCACUUCCAGGAAAGGUUCCAAGCAGGAUGCUGCAGGACACAUUGAAAGACAUGCCAAGGAUGACAGCAGAAUCGACUCAUGA